AUGGCAUACUCUCUCGAGAGACUCGUGCGAGCUCAGCAGCUCUUUGACCGUAGCACGGGCAAUUACUGCAUGCUCCCAUAUCUCGCUGGCCCAUAUCACCUGAGAGAGCGUGCCUCGAAGCGUGCCGCCGUCGUUGGGUCAUGGCAUGACAAUGAUGAAGAUGAAGACUACACACCUUCCAGCAAGCGAACACCCUCCAAGCGCAAACUAUCUCUUUUCCAUGAGGGUGAUCAAGAACCUCGAUCUGACAAGAAGGCCAGGAGCUUGUCUCCAACUUCUAGGCUCCGUUCUAGACUGAGCCCAGACACGGAGAGAGAAGAUUCUGUUCCCCCUUCGACGCCCUCUACGCCCUCCCCGCAUAGUGAGCCCGACAGCUGGGACAGAUACUGGGCCGUCAACCCUGAGACAGACACACCAAAUUCACGAUACAGCCUUCGACGCCGCAACAAGGAAUCGCUGUCAGAAUCACCACAAAAGAAAGAGACACCCAAGGCCGAGGCCGAGGCAUCAAAGCCGACUGGGGAUGUCCAGCCUGCUGAUGACGAACUUCUGCAGAGAGAGUGCGCUGCCUGUCAAGAAUUAGGGCUGGAAUGCUCGCUUGCAUCUGACCCCGAUCCGUUCGCCUAUCCUUGCACAACAUGUGAAAUCGACGGUGUUUUCUGUGUUGUGAACCCCCCGCCCAAAUGGAAGCGAUCAUGCGAGAGUUGUAAAGGUCGGAGGAAAGAGAUUUGUUCAUAUCGGUACGCUGAUUACGACCAUUCCCAACCUUGUCUCUCAUGCCGAAAUUAUGGGUUCGAAUGUGUCGCUGGUCCAGCUAGACACCCACCCUUUGCACUCUUUUCCACGAGCGAACCAAGUGAACCAAGCAGUUCUCCAAAGGCCGAUUCUCCAGCAACCUCCAACUCACACCAUGCCACCCCGGAGCUCGACGUUCCUGAGGUAUCCAAGCCGACUGAACAAAUCAGUUCCCCAAAGAUCGAUUCUCCAGCACGCUCCAACUCACCACAUGGCAUCCAAGAGAUCGACAUCCUUGAGGUAUCCAAGCCGAGUGAACAAACCAGUUUCCCAGCCAUCCAACCAAAUAUCCAGGUUCCAGAGACCAAUCCCACACAGAACAAUUCUGGAGAGCUCCCCUCCCCUCCAUUCCGCAACUCUCAGCCUUCCGUUGUUGAGGGACCGAAGUCACAUGAGGUGAUUGUGCUCACUGAUUCAGACGACGACACCCCGAACAUCCCGAAGAGGCAGAACUCACCGAACUAUAUUUCUGACUCCGUUGAGUCACCCACUCGCGCCACUGUCUCAAAUACCAUUGCCUCGCAGUCCGCGAACACCCACCGUUUCUGGACCGAACUUGCUCAUCCUGUGGUGUUUCUCUCAGAUGACCGGAACGGAUCUCCCCCCUGCCACUGGUGCAACAACUUUGCGUAUGGCAUCAAUGGCCUCGGUCCUCGUAACCCAGAGGUCUGGACCUUUGACAGCGGCAUGAUCGUCGAGCUCCAGGAUGGACAUAUUGCUGAAGGAAAAGAACAGAGCCGGAUGUGUGUCUCCUGUACAUGGAAUCGAUGCAAAAUCAUACAAUGCUCCCACAACACCUUCAAUCUACUACCUGUGCCUUCGCCCCCGAAAGAAAGAAUACGAGCUGAUGCUGCAGCACUGCUACACAAAGCCACUGAAGCUCUGACUGAUCCCGAGACUGGGAAGGCUGGUCCUUUUUACCCAACUCCCCCUUACCAAUGGUGCAGCCUGUGUCGAGAGCCCGCAUUCGGAUCUUGCCAGGCGGCUCAGCCAAUUAAUGCCUACGCAGAUGUGGUGGAUUGUGAUGAAGAAACCUAUGGAUGUGGACUGAUGCUCUGUGAGUGCUGUUUCAGCCUCACCCAGCGAUUCAAAGGUGACCUCAAUACAGUCGUUGCAUGCGGUCGGAAUGACCCGUCUAACCCUGUAUCCUACCGGGCUGAUGUGGAGUUGCUCCUCUCCGGAUCGGAGAACAACACCAUGUACAAGCUUCACAUGGAGGAGCAUUUUCUGCCAGUCGAAUUCGUUCGCUCACAACCAAAUCCCCUUGUACUUCCACCAAAAGGAAGUAAGGGUGCUGCUUUGAUCCCGUCUUCUAUUUUCCCCUGGUUGCCCCGAGCUGCGACACGAGGUGCGCAGCUCAUCGCCACGACGUCUUCACCAAAGAGACGAAAAGUUUCCCCAGAGCCUCGCACCAGUCCAGGCCUUCGGGCUCGACGUCACGGCCGCUCCGAACCUCCACACUCUCGCCACACGUCUUCCUCUUCUUCCCGCGGCCAGAGUUCGUCGUUGUCGCCGCCUCGCUACGUGCCUGCGCAUCUGCAGUUUCAGUCCGGAAGCCCGCCUGGCCGCUCGCUCACCCCCGCGACCGCGACCGCCGGCCUCACCCUCUCUAGCGACCAUUCCGACAUGCCCUCCGAUACUCGAGGGGGUACACCUCCAACUCAUGGACGAUCCCCUUCUCCCGGCGAGAAGCGCCCGGCAUCCGAGAUUACUGACUCCGACCCCGAAGGAGGCGUGAGCACUGUCUGCAAUAACGCGCGCACAUACAUUAUUCCCCGCACAUGCGACGGCACAAACGAUGAAUCUACACAUUCCACCACGUCGAACAAUGAUAAGACCGAGUCAGCAUCCUCGGCCGGCGAGCAGUCCAGACCAGCAUCGCCCAAAUUAGACGAUAUUCCUACGAUCGACGAGCAGGUGGCCGAGGUGAAUGCGCUGAUGACAGCGCCGUUGAAAGAUGGACAAAAGGGCUUUGUGGUGUCAAUGGCUUGGCUGAAGAAGGUGCUUGCACGCACUACAGCCCAUGCGGAUCACACUGACAAAGGAUCAUUGGAGGGAGACAUUGGUCCCGUCAACAAUUUGAACAUAAUGCUCGACACCGACCCGGCCACGCCCAGCUUCAAAGACGAAACUGGUGAAAUGUUUGUGCCUAUGCGCCCCGGUUUGCACGACUCUCUGGAUUUCGCGAUAAUUCCGCAACAUGGUUGGAACCUGAUCCAGAAGUGGUACGGCCUCGCCGACCAGUCACCUGUGAUCAUCCGCUAUGCUCACAACACUAGCCAACCCGGCGAUACCGAAAAGAUCGAAUAUGAGACUUAUCCUCCGAUUUUCACCAUUUUCAAGUUGGCCAACCCCACCGCGGGUACCACCCCGACCAUCUUGAGACAAACCGUCAAGCCGUCUGUCAAGAUCCUGGCUAGUCGCCAGACGAAUUACCAAAAAUGGUUGAAGGAUUCCAAAGAACAGACUGGUAUCGAUAUGUCGACCAAGGUUCGAGUUUGGAAAAUUCUCCAGCUACCUCGUAGCACCACUGCAUCAGCCUCAGCAACCCCAGCUGUCUCCCGCAGCCAAUCGCCAGCUCCUCCAUUGGCUCUGAUCUCGAACCCCAACGACAAGCUCCUUUUCGAUUUGAAUGCUUUCCUCGAUCUUCCGGAGGGAACCCACCGGGUGUUGCUUGACAAUGUUAAGGAUCAAACCCAAAAUGCAAACUACAAUGGUCGUAUGACUUUGGAUAUGGCUGGUCUCAGCGUGGCGAAUUGUGUUGUUCUUGAGGAACAGGUCGGUGGCUUCAAAGGCGGAGAAUGGGUGUCUGAAGCCUCUACCAAAACUCUCAAGAGUCUGGGUAUCCCUGUGGAUCAGCCGAAGAACGAUGCUGCUACCAAAGCAUCUGCCGCUAAAGCCGCACUCACGAGCACACAACCCAGUGGCAGAUCCACCCCUACCCUGCCGCCCGAUCCAAUUCGGGGGCUCAUCUCUCGAGGUCGGAAGGGUCGACAGCUUAUCGUGGGAUUGCAAAACCUUGGCAACACUUGUUACAUGAACUCCGCGUUGCAAUGUGUGCGAAGCAUUGAGGAAUUGUCUUAUUACUUCCUUAGUGGAUCGUACAAACCAGAGCUGAAUCCUGGCAACGUCCUUGGAUGCGGCGGCACCAUUGCUAAGCAAUGGGCCAACUUGCUUCAGGAGCUCUACAAAUCAGACCCUCAGCCGAGAUCUGUCAACCCCUAUAGGUUUCGUGCUGCCGCUGGUCGGCAACGUGAAGACUUUGCUGGCUACGAGCAACAUGAUAGUCAGGAAUUUGUGAUGUUUCUCCUUGAUGCACUGUCGGAAGACCUAAGCCGCAUCGUUGGCAGCAAACCGGCCACUGUCAUCCCCGAUUCCACCGAUGAGAUGAUCCACGAUCGCAAGGCUCUUGAGGAGUUCGGAAACAAGUGUUGGGACCUCUAUGAGGCCCGCAACGCCUCUGUUAUCACUGAUCUGUUUGCCGGAAUGUACAAGUCAACACUGAUUUGCCACAAUUGUGAAAAGACCAGCAUCAUCAUGGACCCUUUCACAAUGGUCACUGUGCCCAUCCCAACGGGUCCAACGCUCAUCAAUCGAACAAUUAUCUUUUACCCUCUUGACGGGCCACCCGUGUCUCUCAAAGUCCGGCUCGAUGAAAAUGAUACUUUGAAGGACUGGAAGGACUUUGUCGCCCAAAAGAUGGGAAUCGAUGGAGAACGAAUCUUCGCAGCAGAGACAUUGCACAAUUCCUUCUGGCAAACAUUUUGCGACGAUGACGAUUCUUUCGGUAGUCUACGCAUUACCCAAGAAGAUACCAUUGUGUUCUUUGAUCUUGGCCCUCUUCCAGCAUCUACUGAUUCUCCUGACUCUACCUCCGAUGAUGAUGCAGUCCUUGUACCCGUCUUCCACCGCAAACUUGUUCCGCGCAAGAACAAAGAGGCCACUCAUGAACUUUUCGGAAUUCCAUCCUUCAUACGUCUCUCUGGUGAAGAAACUCGAGACCUUGAGACGAUUUACCGCAAGCUCUUUACCCAGGCCAAUAACAUGACUACACACGACAUUCUGGCUGCCGAAGAAAACAGCCACGACGACAAUGCAACUGAUGACUCGGACACUGUGGUCACAAACGAGGAUGAUGCACGAUCAGCAGAUUCCCGAAUCAAAACAUCUUCUAUUGAUGGCGAAGACAGCAUCGUUAACAUUUCUAUGCAAACCGAGCAAGCGCCAAAGCCUGCAGAGGACACUGAUGAGUCGGAUUCUGAUUCUGAAUCUGUCAAGUCCCCUCAGCAUCCUCUUGCUAGCAAAAUUCCCGCCAGUUUGUUGUCACUCUUUGAUGUAACGGUCAUGAGCACAAAUACCACUCUGCCUGAUGGACGUAAUAUUUCCACGAUCAAAACCUACCCUUCCAUUUCCUCUCGCACCCCAUCUCCUCCCACUUCUACUAAGGGAUCCGAUUCUUCAUCCAAAAGUUCCGCAGAUAACAAUCGUGAUGAUGGCAACGAUACCGAUGAAUCAGAUCUGUCACCAAGCUCACCACUAUCGCUCCUUCGCCAAGGUGAUGCCAUCCUGCUUGACUGGGCUCCCGAUGCCGUUGAUUCCCUUUUCGGCGGCAGGCCACGUGACCCCGAGGAGCUCCGUGGUCGCCCUACCUACAUGAACAUCAAGAAUGUCUUUGAUCAUACCAUGGUGGUAAGCCAGAAGAAGCCGAAGCAAACAACUGUCUCUCUCGACCAAUGCCUGGAUGAGUUCAGCAAGGAGGAAAUUCUUUCUCGGGCAGAUAGCUGGUUCUGUCCUCAGUGCAAGACCCAUGUUUCGGCCACCAAGAAGUUCGAGCUAUGGAGAACCCCUGAUAUCAUGGUCGUGCAGCUCAAGCGGUUUAGCCAAUUCCGCGGCAGAAACGGACACAAGAUCAGCACUCUCAUCGACUUCCCCUUUGAGGGACUGGAUUUGAGCAGCCGAGUGGAAGGCCCCAUGGAUGGAAAGAGUGCGGUGUACGAUCUGAUUGCUGUCGACAACCACAUGGGUGGAAUGGGUGGUGGUCACUACACUGCCUACAUCAAGGACUUUGUGUCUGGUGCCUGGGUCUAUUGCAAUGAUACAUCUGCGAAGACUGUCACAAACAUGCAGUCGAUCAUCACCCCGGGUGCCUACCUCCUGUUCUACCGCCGUCGCUCCGAUCGUGCAUUGGGUAACCAGGAGCUGCGGGAGCUGGUUGAAGGCUACCGGAACCGCGAGGCGAGUGUUUCUGGCAGUUCCUCCGGCUCCCGCAGCCCUGGUGGUUCCCAAUCACCUUCGGAGGAUGGCGGUCGUGCCCUUGGCGGCGCACCCCGCAAGGGGUCGACUGCCUUGGCCGGGGCAGGAGGGGCACCCCGGGUGAGCCGGGGGCAAGACUCCCUCGGAAAUGACCUAUACUCUUCUGCCGAGGAGAGUACUUCGGGUUCGGAGGACGGUGGCAGCGAAGGUAAGAAAAUCGGCUACGAGCACCAGAACGGGGGAUCGCAGGUCGACUCCCUCAGCAAGCUCACGGAACCCUCUUGGUCGUUCGACGCCGCUCACGACAUCUCGCAGAUUUCCGGUGGUAACGCUGCCACCGAAGAUGGCAUCUUUGAGGGCCGAUGUCCAUGGGAUCACCCCAUGGACAUCGACCCUCAGUUUCAGUUGGGUCUCACUUCUGGGGGUGAGGGGGAGGAUUCCUCCGAUGAUCUCCCAGUCGUGGAGCUGCGUGUGGGGUCCGAGGAUGUAAUGUCCUCGGACCCAUGA